AUGAAGCGCUUUAAGACCGUCUUCAGGAGACCCAACACGUCUGAUACGCCUGAUAUUGCUUCAUCUCGGCGUAUCUGGCGACGCAAUACGGUGAAACCUCGCCCAGAGACGACGACUACGGAGACCACUGAGAGUGCUGAAACUGAGGUCGGAUCCUCCAGUGCUCAACCCAAGCCCGCUACCUCCACUGUUUCCCCCGUUGGCGAUGACAAUGGUGACGAAGUUCCCGACAACACCGACACCAAUACAAACCACCCAACCGAUGCCACCAGUGGAGUCUCUCGGUCCAAGUUUGGCACGAAACGACUGAAGCAGUUGGCCGCUUGCUUCCGCUCGAGCAAUUCUGAUGGUCCCAUCACCCAGCCAUCUCAGCCUGAGGAGACUGGUGACGCGGAAGGCCCCAGAGAGCAACCGGCAGGUGGUCCUUUAUCUUCCAACCCUUUCGAGGAGCCUAGAAGCCCAACAGAUACACGCAAUGUCAGCGGUCGGACGAGUCACUCGCGGCAAUCCAGUCAAAGCGACGAUACUGUCAACCGAUACCCACCAGAUACCGUUCCACACUUGCCAGAAGAUCGCCUUAGGAUGUCUCUGGACGAAGACGUGCCGGAUUGGAUGUGGCCAGGGCUGAUGUACAUCCCUGAAGAAGGGACGCGCAAGUACUCUGAUCCCUUCUCGGAUAGCAAGAGCAGCGAAUACCGGCAACCUGUACCUGAUCCACGGCCACCACCACCGCCGCCCCCAUCGGAUCCAACGCCUGGUCCGUCCAGACGCCCUCACAGAAGUCCAGAAUCUUCGAGAGCUUCCGAAGGGCCAUUACAGCCAAUUCCUGAGGUCGAAAGCAUCGACGUAGCCGACCAAAUCCAACCGGCUGACGAAAUUGCGUCGAUUGACACUGUGUUGGCUGAAGCUGGAUCGGCUGAGACGGUGCUGCAGCAGGAGCCUGCACAUAGGAUUAGAAGACCCCGCUCAGGAGCGUUUUCAGCCGGCAGUGACUACAGCGUAUCUAGCGCCCAAACUCAGGAUCCGACAAGUGCGAUUACCAAUUUCAAUCACAUGGCGGCUCAGCAUGGAAUCAAUGUCCGCAUCGCAUAUGAAGCCACGCCUAGUCCACAAACGCUAUCGCCUACCAGCGAGAAAGAGACGGAAACUGAGACUGAACGCACAGGUCGACAUUUGGUAUUCGGUCGACUUCGCAGUGUGCGAUCCAACAUCGAAAUUCCCCAGGAGAGCCAGGAACGGACGCCCAAGCCCAAGUUGCGACGCAUCAAGACAAUCGCCAGCAUUUUCGUUUCUACCCCAGCGAAUCCUUUGACUCCUAUGACUUCAUUGAAUGGAAGAACAAUCGAAGAGUUGAGUCGUUUUGGUGGACACAGCUAUAUUGUUGCAAAAGAAUUGGGGCCUUGUCCUUUGGAAUUGCCAGCGUUCAUGGUGACGGGGUUCAUGUUUUUGCAUAGAGAUGGCCUCGGCCAUGCCGACAUAUUUCUUGAGCCCGGGGAUAUGGAAACUGCCAUCCGACUCUACGACGGGUGGGCCGAGCAGGUGUUUGAGGGUGAGAAGCUACAGGAAGAAAUGGAUUUGACCACGCGGGUCGUCGCGAUGCCGCCGCUUGGUAACAAAGGCAAAGGAAAAGAGGUGUCUGUGCUCAGUGUGGGUUGGGCCCUGAAGGCCGUGUUAGCGGGGCUUGCAAACGGGAUUCUCGGGAGUGUCCGGCUCUACCAGACUUUGCAGAGUCUCUUUGCAAUCACAAUCCCCGAGAGGACUGGAUUCAAAAUCCCAAGCCACAUCAAGGGGGUGAGCUCAACAGUCGCCAUUAGAGUUCAACUCAUCUCGCUCGCACUCCUCGGGCUGGCCUCGGAGAAGCAGCGCGAUCUCAUUUGUACAACCUUUGGUCUGCUUACUUACCUGCUGCACCCCCCUCGACAGUCGCAGCCACUGACUAGCCGGACCGACCUCCGGUGGCCAACAACGCCCCCGGACCAGCAGAAACUAGCAUGCGCCUUCGCUCCCCUUCUUCUCGGGCCAGCGAAUCGGCCUAGAGUGAGGCCGGGCAAUGAGACAGUGGAAAUGGAGCUCGAGGAGCAGCGCGUGGCCACCCUGUUACUCGAUCACUGGCCCAACGUUCAUCGACAGAUGCAGGUUUGGUCGCAAGAGGUCUUUGUGCCGUGA